AUGUCCCCCAUAGAAACAAUCCUAAUAACAGGCGCCUCCUCCGGCCUCGGCCUCGCCUUCCUAACGCACUACCUCUCCCUUUCCACCCCAACACCCAAAAUCGUAGCCCUAGACACCCACCCUUUACCCGAAAGAAUCACUACACCACACCCACCAACCCUUUCCUUCCACCGCCUCGACAUCACCAGCGCCUCCGCAGUUCAAACCCUCGCAUCAACCUACGCCCACACACCUAUCACUCUAAUCCUUCACUGCGCCGGCAUCCGCGGCCUAGUCCCAUCAAUAGUAUCCCGCGAGAAAGAUGGAACCCGCAACGUCGCAAGCACCGAGACACUGGAAGUCAUGGAUAAAGAAACAAUGAUGCGAACGUUCGAAGUAAACACUUGGGGAACAUUUAAUCUUAUCAAAUCUUUUUUGCCAUCUCUCCUCUCCUCUUCGGCAUCGUCACUGGAAAAUACCAGUAUCACACGCCCCAAAGUUGUCAUUCUCUCCUCACGCAUGUCAUCUAUCUCGGCGAAUUCUGCGGGGGGAGCCUACGCGUAUCGAGCUAGUAAAGCAGCGCUGAAUGCGGUGAUGAGGAGUUUUGUGAUUGAUGUGCCGCAGGUGCAGUUUUUGCUGUUGCAUCCGGGGAGGGUGGAGACGGGGCUGGUGGCGUGGAAGGAGGAAGGGGCGGUGAGUGUGGAGGAGAGUGUGAGGGAUUGCUUGAGGGUUUUGGAGAGGAUGAGGGAAGAGGAGUGGGCGAGCGGGAGGUUAGUAGAUCGGUUUGGGGAGGAAAUUGGGUGGUGA